UUGUUUUGUGCGAUUUUGUUUUGGCGUUAUUAUAAUGUUAACUAUCUCGAAAUUUCAAAUGCCACCACCAUUACUUAUAGUUGUAUACACUCGUAUAUAGCUAGCAGCCUAGCAGGACAAAAAAUAGUCACAAGAGAAAGUGAACAGGACAUUAACUAAAAAUGUUAUAUAGGUAAUUUAAUAUAGUACAUACAUUAUUAUCUUCAACUAACGUUCAAUCAUAUAUUAGAUUUUAAAAGAUGUGAGUGUAUGGACAAAUUUGAAUUUAUAACAUAAUAUUUGAUUACGACCAAAUUGUUUUGUUUCUUUAUAGUGAAACCUACGCGAUACUAUUUACGUUAGUGUUUGUUGAAAAAUAUAAGAUUGGUUCAUCAUAGAAAAGAGAGUUGUGACCAUGAUAGCAAUAAUUCUUAUUCUACAGCUUCCCGAAAGUCUUGAUUGAUGGUCCAUACGGUGCACCAGCCCAAGACUACAAAAAGUACGAGGUGGUUCUACUGGUUGGUCUCGGAAUCGGAGCCACACCAAUGAUCAGUAUCGUCAAGGACAUUGUCAACAACAUCAGGGCCAAAGAACAAGCCCAACUCAGCCGAAUGGAGCAUGGAACAAGUGAACCACAACAACGAAACAAGAAAGAGAAUUUCAGGACACGUAGGGCUUACUUCUACUGGGUUACGCGUGAGCAAGGCUCUUUCGAUUGGUUUAAGAACAUAAUGAACGAGGUCGCGGAAAGAGAUACCAACCGUGUCAUCGAGCUUCAUAAUUAUUGUACAAGCGUCUACGAAGAAGGCGACGCCCGUUCUGCGCUUAUACAUAUGCUUCAAUCACUAAACCAUGCAAAGAACGGCGUCGAUAUUGUCUCUGGAACAAGAGUUAUGUCCCAUUUUGCUAAACCUAAUUGGAGAAAUGUUUACAAACGCAUAGCCAUGGAUCAUCCUAACACUAAAGUUGGAGUAUUCUACUGUGGAGCACCAGCAUUGACAAAGGAGCUAAGGCAUUUAGCUUUAGAUUUCACCCACAAGACAAGCACUAGAUUUUCCUUCCACAAAGAGAAUUUCUAAAGGAGAACACAGAGCUAAAAGGCAUAAGCAACAAAAGCAAGAGAAAAAGAUGCAUUGAGUUAUGUUUCUCGUAAUUUUACUUCUUUUAUACAAUUUACUUAAUUAUAUAUGUAUACAUAUAUGUGCGCAUGCACCCACAUGAGUACUUGACUGUAGAUUUCCUUUUAUGCUUUUUGGUCGUAUGUUUAAAUUGUUCUCUUUGGAAAGUGUAACCUUAUGUUGUCGACAAAAA